CAUGAACAAGAUUUGCGGUUUCACCUGCAAAAUUUCCUCCCCAAAUCUAUAUUGCUCAGGAGGUGUUCCGGUUCCACCAAACACCCCCUGAGAUUCCACCGCAACAAAAAGAGCAAGAUUUUCUUCAAUUCAAAUUCAAACUUCCAUUUCCCUUUCGUUUUUCAUUUCUGUUUUGAUUCUCAUUUUCGGCCUCCAAUGGCGUCUGAAGGUUUCACCGACAAGAACACUGUGUUCAGGAAACUCAAGGCGAAGUCUGAAAAUAAGAUGUGUUUCGAUUGCAAUGCGAAGAACCCAACCUGGGCGUCCGUCACGUAUGGGAUCUUCCUCUGCAUCGAUUGCUCUGCCGUUCAUCGCAGUCUCGGCGUUCAUAUCAGCUUCGUGAGAUCUACAAAUUUAGAUUCAUGGAGUCCUGAGCAACUAAAAAUGAUGAGCUUUGGAGGAAAUAACCGUGCUCAGGCUUUCUUUAAGCAACAUGGUUGGACCGACGGUGGUAAAAUAGAAGCCAAGUACACAUCCAGAGCUGCAGAGUUGUAUAAGCAAAUUCUUUCAAAAGAAGUAGCCAAAAGUAUGGCUGAGGUGGCUAGCUUGCCUUCAUCAACUGCUCCUUCUCAGUCUGGUCAAGGGGCUAAUGCACUUUCUGAUGCCAGGACCAAUGAAGUAAUGAAAAAAAACAUUCUGGAGAAUCCAGAAAAGCUUGAAAGCACUUCGUCACCUCGAAUUGCACGUUCAGUAAUUUCAAGUACUGUGAGAAAGCCUAUCGGGACAAAAAAGACUGGGAAAGGCGGGGGACUUGGUGCCCAAAAGCUAACUAGAAAGCCAAGUGAAUCUCUCUACGAGCAGAAGCCUGAAGAGCCACCUGCUCCGGUUGCAUCCUCAACAAACAACAUUAUGCCUUCUCCUUCUGGACCAUCUCGGUUCGAGUAUGUAGAAAAUGUUCAAUCAUCCGAGUUGUAUUCUGGAAGUUCAGAUGUAAUAAGUCAUGUGUCUGUACCAAAGUCAUCAAGCUUCUUUGGAGACUUUGGAAUGGAUGGUGGCUUUCCAAAAAAGUCUGGGUCAAGUUCCUCAAAAGUUGAAAUUCAGGAAUCUGAUGAAGCAAGAAAGAAGUUCUCAAAUGCUAAAUCUAUAUCUUCAUCCCAAUUUUUUGGAGACAAUAAGGCUGCAGAUGUGGAAGCGCGAGCUACUUUGUCAAAGUUUUCAGGUUCGAAUGCCAUCUCCAGUGCUGAUCUAUUUGGAGGCGACUCAGGAGACUCUUCCAUUGAUCUUGCUGCUAACGUUCUGCUCAAUAGAUUAUCUUUCCAGGUGCAAGAGGAUCUCUCAUCCCUCAAGAACAUUGCAGGAGAAACUGGGAAGAAGCUUACCUCCUUGGCCUCCACCUUAAUGUCAGAUUUUCAGGACCGGAUCCUCUAAAAUUAUAUGUUCUAUAAUUAAGAGAGUCUUUGGAGUUUGAUGCAAAUACCACCACUUAUGUUUCAAAUGUAAUAUCAGGGUUCAGUAUACAAUUCUUUGAUAAAAUAUAAAAUAAGAUGCUAUAAUUUCUGGCUUGCCAUUUAGGCAGUUUUUUUUAUAUGAUGUACCAAAGGUACUUUUUGAUGUUGCCAA